GCAGUGUGAGCCACGGAAGGUAGGCCACCCCUGCUGAUUGGGAGGAACUCCUGAUUGGGAGGAACUCCCAGAAGGCCGCUCUUCUCAGUUGCCAGGCAACAAGUGUAAACAGGACAGGAUCAUGGCCACUAACUACAGUGCCAACCAGUAUGAAAAAGCGUUCUCACCCAAGUACCUGCAGAACUGGUCUCCUGCCAAGCCAACAAAAGAGACAAUCACUACCCAUGAAGGCUACACUCAGAUUAUUGCCAACGAUCGAGGUCAUCUCCUGCCUUCAGUGCCCCGUUCCAAGGCAAGUCCUUGGGGUUCCUUCAUGGGCACCUGGCAAAUGCCCCUGAAGGUACCACCUGCUCGGGUGACCCUGACCUCCCGCACAACGGAUGCUGCUGCCUCUCUCACCAAGUGGAUAAAGAAGAAUCCCGAUCUACUCAAUGCCUCUAAUGGGCUGCGUCCUGAAAUCUUAGGCAAGCCCCAUAACCCUGACUGUCAGAAGAAACAGAAGAAAUCUGUCACAAAGACUGUACAGCAAGCAGCAAAUCCGACCAUAAUUCCCAGCUCCCCGACCAUUGACGGUGAUGACGCAGAUGAAACUCAGAGCUCACACCCCUCUGCAGGUCACACACCAGGCCCCCAAACUCCCAUUAACUCUCCCAAGAGCCCACCUGCAAGCCCGUGUUAGAAUACCAAGCAGGUAGGUCCUGGUCUAGCCGAGAUCGACAUGCAAUGCUGCAAAUCUGCAGGGGAGGAGGCUGAGAUGACAUUUUAGGGACUGACUGAAAUAAGUAAGACCUCCUGUAUUCAGAAACGGGGAGCAGAGAAACGAUGGGCCAGGAGUAAUGGCAAAUUUGGGUGAAUAAACAUUGUUUGUUGAAUCUUG